CUCCCGACCCUCGAGCAGCGGUUCCGGGUGCUCGAGCUACUCACUUCGCUCUCCCCGCACUACACCAGGGAGUGCACGCGGAAAACGCAACCAAUGUACAAGGAGCAGGCGGAGGAGCGGUACGCGUCGCUCAUCGGACACGAGUCGCCCACCCGCUCGUCCUGGCUCGACACGCUCGGGCUCGGGUCAGGCGUGGAGGGCGACUACAUCCCGCCGACGCAACGGGGCCUGACGCCCGACACGCACAAAUACUUCUUCGCGAUCAACCUCUACAACUCGUUCGACAUCAUCCCGGACCUGUUCGCGACGCUCUUCCGGGUCGCGGCCAUCCUCGGCUACAACAACGUGUACGUGUCGAUCUACGAGAACGGCUCGACGGACCAGACGAAGGCGCUGCUGCGCGUGUUCGACGGGCUCUGCCGUUCGGUCGGUCUACGCGUGACGAUCCGUACGUCGAUGCGCACGCGCGGCGCGUUCAUCAUGACACGGUGCUGUAUGUCCAGCAGUAUGUGA